AGCCAUUUCCUAUCGUUUCAGUUUCUACUGAACACAUUCUUCAAUACACAGGGUUUGACUUUUCAACAAGGAGAAACAGAAAUACGUAAAGAAUUAAAUUCGAAAAUGAUUGGAGUCUCGGGAACUUUCAAGGUGCUGGCGGCCAUAUCGGGUAUACUCUUCAUGGGCUAUUGCGUAUAUUUCGACAAACAGCGUCGGAGUGAUCCAGAUUUCAAGAGGAAGUUGCACGAGCGCAGGAUUCAACGCUCAUUGGCAUCCGUGAAGUCCACGGCAUCGGUUUCCAUGAGCGAGCGGGACGUCGAAGUGUACUUCAUGACCCAGAUACACAAGGGCGAGACCCUGAUCACAAACGGCGAUGUUGAGGCCGGCGUGGAGCAUCUAAUCAACGCGAUACUCGUCUGCGGCCAGCCGUCAAAACUGUUGCAGUUGCUCCAGAGCACCUUGCCCAUGGAUAUUUUCACCACAAUGCUGAUCAAGAUGCACGCCUACGAGGCCUCGCAGCGCUGUUUGCCUGUUUUAGUGGAUGAUGAGGCUACCAGUAGCCUUUGAAAUACUCCAAAAUUGAUGGUCUCUGUUUUUUCUCGAACAAAACGAUAACUUUUUUGAGAGCUGCGUCUCAAGUAGCUAAAUACAUUUCUUUGGUUCACGUAUCUCGGGCAAAUACAUACAAUGUAUACUCGU